GUACAUCAAUCAAGUAAUCACCCCAAGCUUAGUUCAUUUUGCUUGCUAAUUUGGUUUAGGUAAUCAAGGAGAGACAGAGACAGAGAUGGCCAGUCGGAUGCUCCUCCUUGCUCUGUUGGCGAUGGCAUGCUGCCGUGCCAUCGCUUCGGAUCCGAGCCUUCUCCAGGACUUCUGUGUGGCAGACAAGCUGUCUCAAGUGCGUGUUAAUGGAUUUGCCUGCAAAGACCCAAAGGAUGUUGUUGUCGGAGACUUCACCUUCUCCGGUCUUCACAUGGCCGGCAACACGACCAAUAAGCAGGGCUCCGCCGUGACGGCAGCCAAUGUCGCGCAGAUCCCCGGGCUGAACACACUGGGGAUCUCUGUCGUCCGUAUUGACUAUGCCCCAAAUGGCCUCAACCCACCUCACAUUCACCACCGCGCCACGGAGAUACUGACGGUACUAGAGGGCUCACUCUAUGUUGGCUUUGUAACUUCAAUGCCAGACAAUAGGCUGAUCUCCAAGGUUGUCAAAAAGGGAGACGUCUUUGUGUUUCCCAAGGAUCUUCCCCACUUCCAGUUCAACUACGGGACAGACAAUGCAGUAGUUCUUGCAGUCUUGAGCAGCCAGAACCCCGGGGUGAUCCCUAUUGCUAGCACAGUGUUUGGAUCGAACCCGUCUAUCUCGGAUGAUAUCCUUGCCAAGGCUUUUCAGGUGGACAAAACAACAGUCGACUGGAUCCAGGCUCAGUUCUAA